UUUUGUUUGUACAGAACAACAACAACAGCCAUGUCUACAGAAUACGGAACUGUCCGCACCCAGGAUGAGGAAGCACCUCUUUUGAACAUCCAGAUUGUUCCCGAGACUUUCUGGCAAAAGACCAAGCGCGUUCUCCACCUCCAUGGACAUCGCGUUCUUAUUACUUGGUUGAUCAUCAUUGCUGCCACUGCUGUCCUCACCCUCUCUUUCCACUUUGCCCUUGUCCCCACACAGCGUCCCUCCGAGGAUCCCGUCGAGGGCUCCCCUGUUGACUCUGAGUGCGUCUCUGACCGCAGCUGGUUCCUGACCCUUAUGUUGUCCAUCUUCUUUGGUCCUUUCGGUGUCGAUCGUUUCUAUCUCGGAUAUGUCUUCCUUGGUCUCUUGAAGCUCGUUACUGCUGGUCUCGGUGGUAUCUGGUGGACCAUUGAUAUUAUUCUUAUUGCCCUCAACGUCCUCAACGACCACCCCGAUGGUUGCCACCUCCGUUAAAAAAAAACUUUUUCUCUUUUGUUAAUUCCCUCUUUCUUGUCAUACCCUCUUUUGUUUAAAUACCGUUUUUUUCCCAAAAAAUAAUAAUAAUAUACAUAAUACUGCUUCUACCAAGCAAAUAAUAAAAUAUAAAAAAACAACAACAAUAUUAAUAAUAAUAGCAAUAGCAAUAUAUUAUAUUUUUUACAGUG